AUGACCAUCCACAUCAAGACAGAAGAUGAAGACGAGCCGGAGCUCAAGCCAGUGAAGAAGGAAUACGACCAUGAUGAUCCCCUACGACCCCUUGGACCUUCGCCCUCGUUCCACGAUUUGUGUAGAAUACUCGAUGCCAUGGAAUGCCGCAGGGAAGAGAGGGUAUCGUCCCUUACUAAGCAUCGUCCAAAGUAUUUGAAAGCACUCUUCGAGAAGUGGCGCAAGGUAUACGGUAACGACUUGUAUCCUUGCAUCCGACUGCUUCUACCAAAACAUGAUAGAAACCGACCAAUGUACUUUUUGAAAGAAUUCGGCCUGGGACGAUUGUACUGUGACGCUCUAAGCUUGGACAAGAAAACUUCAUCUGCCGCAAAACGUCUCCUGAGUUGGAAAAGCGGAGCCCCUAACCAGAACAACAAUGAGUCUUCGGCUGGGGAUUUUGCAAAAGUGCUCUAUAAAGAGAUCGAUAGUCGGUCCAUGGUCGCUAAAACUCUACUCUCGAUUGACGACAUCAACGACCAGCUGGAUUCCUUAGCCACGGCGCGUUCAGGGGCGAAGAGACUUGAAAUUGUCAAAACGUGGCUCGAAAAAAUUACUCCCAAAGAUCACCUGUGGCUACUCAAGAUCAUCCUCCAAGAUCUCAGGCUAGGGCUCAGCGAAUCUGUCGUUUUAUGUGCUUUUCAUCAUAAUGCUUACGAGUAUUACAACAUUUGUACCGACCUCAAGACUGUUUGUCACACCCUUCAUUCCACACAUAUUCCUCUGGAAGACACACAAGCUAGUUUGAAAACUUUCAACGUCUUCAAACCGAUGCUUUCUAAAAGAAGUACGAAAGAUCUACCAGAUAUUGUCAAGUUGAUGCUCUCGGGAAAGCACAAGGAGUUUUUGAUCGAAGAGAAGAUGGAUGGUGAACGAAUCCAGCUCCAUAAGAGUGGCGAACAAUAUCAAUUUUGGUCAAGGAGUGGUACAAAUUAUACGGAUAUAUAUGGAGCCAAUCCUACGAUUGGCUGUCUGACGCCAUUUAUUCAUAGUGCGUUCAAACCAGCGGUCGAAGAUGUUAUACUGGACGGGGAAAUGCUAGUAUGGGAUCCGAAGAAGAAAAGAAUACUGCCGUUUGGGAGUGUGAAGUCCUUAAAGCCGUCUUCGAUUAACCGGGAUGAACCACGAGCCUUGUUCAAGGUGUUUGAUAUUUUGUAUCUCAAGGGAAAAGGCAAGCCUGAGGGUACAAGUCUGAUUAACAAGCCUUUGUCAGAAAGGAGGCAGGUGAUGGAGAGUGGGAGGGUCUUUGUCGAGAUUAAAACCAGAUUGGAGUUUUGCUAUUCCGUGCGGGGUAAGGAUACGCAAGACAUCAAGGCGAGCUUUGAAAAAAUCUUGGAAGAAAGCGGUGAAGGAUUGAUCAUCAAGAGACUUGAUUCCAAAUAUCGGGUCAACGCUCGGACAGAUGAUUGGUAUAAGGUUAAGCCAGAUUACAUGGAUGAAUUAGGAGAAACUUUUGAAGUUUUAGCAGUUGGAGCAUUCUGGGGACGAGGAAAGAGGGGAGGCACGUUUGGUAGUUUUCUAGUCGCAUUAGUUGACAAUGAGAACUCUGACCCAUUGCAAGGAAUUUUCCGCUAUAAAACCCUAUGUAGAGUAGGAACAGGCCUCACCACUGACGAAACGACGCAGAUCAUGACCAAACUUGAAGGAAAGUACUCCAACUGGGAUAAGAAAAGGCCAGAGCUCAACCCUGAUUGGUUGGAUAUUGGCAAAGGCUCGGGACAAACUCCUGAUGUUUGGUGGCACUGGAAAGAUUCAUUUGUGCUCACAAUAAAAGGUACCGAAAUUAUCAAUUCUUAUGCCUAUGGGUGUCAAUUUUCUAUCCGAUUUCCCAGAUCAAUUCGGUUCGACAUGGAGAGAGAUAUCGGAGAUUGUAUGCCUUAUCAAGAGCUCUUGGGUAUCGCAAACCAGUUACAGGACAAGAACAAGCUCGGUGAAAAUCUCAGUGGCCAUGUGAGAAAACGAAAACGAAAUGAAUUAUCUCAGCCGACAUCUUCACUUAUGCCUCUGAAGCGCAGUGAUUCCCACAAGAUCUUUUAUGGGGCGGAAUUCUGGGUACUGCAAGGUCUCGAGGACACUGCUGAAAGUAAAAGUGAUCUAGAGGUAAUGCUGAACCGCAAUGGGGGCAAGAUCAUUCACACGGUCCCUCGACCAGCACCUGAUCGUGAACAUUUUUGCAUUACCCGGAGAACAGAUUUUUGGGAUGCUGAAAAAGCGAUUCGCCACGGUUUGCAAUUGGUACAUCCACAGUGGGUCCAUGACUCAAUGGAAGCAGGCUAUAAGAUAGUUGUCACAAGUCCCAAAUACGCCGUUAACACGGCCCAACCUACAGUUGAAAAUUCCAUCUCACAGUAUACCAGUGCUUUAGCAGUUGUAAAGAAAGAAAGUGACUCGGAGGGUGGCGAGGACUGGGCUGACGAGCAGUCUGAUGCAACCACUGUCGCCGAAGAUCGUUGGCCAAAUGCAAGCGCUACUGAGGACGGGGUCAGUGACCAUGAUCUGCGCGAUGAGUCGCCUCAGUUGUCACAUGCAAAGAUUGAACCAUCCGAAUCUGUAACGGACAAGCCCUUGGGUUGUGAAGAUGUACCCUUGCCAAACAAACCACUAGAUACUAAACUAGAGGCGGAAGUCAAAGAAGGAAUCUUCUAUCCACUUGUAUUUUACUUGGAUAAUAAGCCGAUUGCCCAUUCUUCAGAAGGCCCGGUUGGUAACACUGUAUCAGUUGACCCCGAUGGUGAAUCCAGCAAAUUGUUCUCCCAGGUUUCUCGAUUACUUAAAGCACAUGGUGGUCGAAUCGUAUCUGACGUGAACGAUCCCGACUCAACACAUAUCAUUUGUAGUCCGACUGAUACCUCCAGAUGUGUUGAUCUCAGAAGAAUAGACAAAGAUCGCCCGAGAAGACGCAGAUUAGUGACGGCGGAUUGGGUACUUGAUUCAGUCGAAGGCGAUUCUUGUUUAUACGAAGCUGAUUAUUUGCCAUGA